CACCGUUCCUUCGCAGUCACAAUACGGCCGUCGUAGAACGACAUCAAUUUUUCGAAAUCUACUUGUAACGAACUUCAUCUCGUUCGUCUACCACUUUUGACCGGAUCUCUUCGCAAACCCGAACCGGAGACACUCCUUGAACCCGUAUCACAAUGUUGAACACCAUUUCGAAGCUUGCUGCCCGCGAUGACAGCAGUGAUGGGCUGUCCCCCGCCAUGGUCGACCUUCUAAUCUCCCUGCUCGUGCUCGUCCUGCUCGGUCUUGUUCUGAUCGGUGCUCUGCUCUUUCUGCGUCGCAGACGGGUGAGCCGUGAUCACUCCGACCUCCCCGUUCAUAACGGGCAAUGCGUGCCCAGUCACCGCCGCUUCACAGUGUCCGCUUCGCCCAAUGCUAAGACGGAGUCGGUCCUUGUUUACGACGAAAAACGCAGCCUUAUCGAGAAUUCUUCGAGUCCCCCGCCCAGCCCCGUCCCCGAAAUUCGCAUUACGUUCCCGGAGGAGGAAGAUGAGUCCGGAAAGCGCAAGUCCGGCCGCGUGGUGGUGGUGCGGAUCAGUGAGGCUGGCAGUGUCGGCUUGGAGCCCUGCAACGACGAGUUGCCGCCCUAUCAAACGAGCGAUGCCGAACGGUUCCAGUCUUUGGAUAUCGAGCGCAUGGGUGGACUUAAAGAGAAGGAGGCUUCCGCCAGAUGGAAUUAAGAGACUUGCCGGUGAACAUGACGCGGCCAUUUGAUACCACCAGUCGUCAUCAACCGAUACCCUCAAAUGACCGAACCCACCUGCCGUCGCCUCCCUGCAC